AAAGAAAACACGCCAAUCCACGAGGUAUCUCCCCAUCAACGCUGAAAGCAACCCGCUACAGGCAAAACCUGGUCAGUGGAUACCAAGUUCAGGGGCGUCGGACGGACACGACACCGGCCUCAGCACAAACGGGAUGGGCCUGACCCCUUCGCCGGAAUCCGCCCUGGACGUUGCACAAAGUCUGGGUGAAUUUUUCGGUGGCUCUACGUCUGCCAUUGACUGGCUCACCGGAUCAUUGCUCUGAUGAAUACUAACGAGGGAUGAUUCAUCAUCUCCCGAGUGGCGACUGAAUGAGACAAAUCUGGAUGGCACCCGCCCGCCAAGCUUGAGCUCGGGGUUGAGACUCAACCCGCGAAUUAGUAAACGCCAUGGUUGCAAAACCUAUAAGAGGGCCGACUGUUUCUCAACUUACGAUGAUAACCAUCUUUCAUCUACCACCUAUCUACUAUUCAACAUCUUGAAAACCCGUCCCUCAACUUCAAAAUGGCCAUUACCGUUGGUGUUGCCGGUAUCACCGGAAAGUUCGCUCGCCGGGUGGUCAGCCACCUGCUGCAGCACUCCGACAUCACCAUCCGCGGCUAUUGCCGUGACCCCAGCAAGGUCCCCACGUCCAUCUCCUCAUCCGAAAAGGUUGCCCUUCUAAAAGGGGAUGCCUUUGACAGAGAGGCGAUCCGAUCUUUUGUAGCGGGCUGCGACGUGAUCGUGUGCUGCUACCUAGGCGACGACAAGCUCAUGGUGGAGGGCCAGAAGGCUCUGAUCGACGCGUGCGAGGAGGUCGGGGUGCCUCGUUACGUCGCCAGUGACUGGGCUCUGGAUUAUACCAAGCUCAAGCUGGGCGAGCUCUUCCCGAAGGACCCGAUGAUUCACGUCAAAGCCUACCUGGACACGAAGGAGAAGGUCAAGGGGGUGCACAUCCUGAUCGGCGGGUUCAUCGAGCCGGUGCUCAGCCCCUUUUUCAACAUCCUCGACCCCCAGACCCACACGUUCCGCUACUGGGGUGAGGGCGACGAGUACAUGGAGGGGACGACUUACGACAACGCGGCGGAGUUUACUGUCGCGGUGAUCCGGGAUGUGGAGGCUACGGGCGUUGUUCGCUUCCUCGGUGGUCGUGCCACCAUCCGUGAAAUUGCACAAUCCUAUGAAAACGUCUACGGCGUCAAGGCCAACCUUGAACGACUGGGCUCCCUGGACGAGUUGUACAAGACCAUGCACCAGAAACGGGCGGAGAAUCCUGCUAACAUCUACGGCUACAUGUCGCUCUUCUUCUAUUACUACUGGGUGAAUGGACAGACUUUUGUUGGUCCUGAGACGGAUAAUGCCAAGUACCCCAAUGUCGAGCCGGUUGACUGGGAGAGAUUUAUGAAGCAGUGGCCGCUGCAGCAGCUGCCUACCGCCUACUUCGCUUUGAAUGCUUGAUCCUUGCUAAUGCUUGAUCCUUGCGUUGGUGGAGGGGUUAGUGAAG